GGAGCCCCUUCCGUGUUCCCGUCAAGGACGUGGUGGACCCCGGCAAGGUGAAGUGUUCCGGCCCCGGGCUGGGUGCUGGCGUGAGAGCUCGCGUCCCCCAGACCUUCACUGUGGACUGCAGCAAGGCUGGACUCGCCCCUCUGGAGGUGAUGGUCUUGGGACCCUCAGGGAUGGCCGAGCCAGUGGAAGUGCGUGACAACGGGGACGGCACUCACACGGUCAACUACACCCCCGCCACAGACGGGCCAUACACGGUGUCUGUCAAGUACGCCGGGCAAGAAGUUCCCCGCAG